GGGUAACCUUACACGGGAUGGCUCAAGACUUUAGAGCCAGUAAAGAACCAGCACCGGGUGCCGUAAUGCCUAAAGGCUUCGCACAACGUUUGUGAAAUGCUGUACAUCGUGUUGUAGAAGACUUCUUCACGUGGAUGAAUAUUGAAUGACGCGAGUCAGUGUUCCAUAAACUCGGUUUGAUCAUCUACACGUGUAGAAGGCCCCAAGAGAUAUUACAUCAUGGAUCGUGCAAAACCAGAUCUCUUCUGCGGCCCUUGUCUUUCUAAAGACAGGUUAUAUAAAGAGCCUGUUCUAGUCUCUUUCACCAGAAGUACUAACCCAAUAAGAUGCCCCGCGAGAUCCUCAUAGGAUUUGGUGUUGAUGUGGAUGCUGUGGCUGGAUGGCUAGGCUCGUACGGUGGCGAGGACUCUCCCCUAGACAUAUCUCGCGGCAUGUAUGCGGGCGAAGUUGGAGUUUGGCGAGUAUUGAAGUUACUUGAUAAAUACAACAUCAAGGCUACUUGGUUCAUCCCAGGCCAUAGCUUGGAAACGUUUCCAAAAGAGAUGGCAGCUGUCAGGGACGCAGGUCACGAAAUCGGACUGCACGGUUAUUCGCAUGAGAAUCCGGAUGCAUUGACGCCAGAGCAACAACGUGACAUUCUUGAUUACACAUACAGAUUACUCACGGACUUCAAUCACGGAGUGCCUCCAAAGGGCAGUGUCGCGCCGUGGUGGCAAACAAGCAAGGAAGGGGUUGCCCUCCUUCUAGAGAAAGGAAUCGAGUAUGAUCAUUCGAACAUGUCUCGCGACUCCCAGGCACACUACCUUCGUGAUCAAGAUACGUGGACCAAAAUAGACUACAAGGAGAAGGCGCGCACGUGGAUGAAGCCUCUUGUGAGGGGAAAAGAAACAGGUCUCGUUGAAAUACCUGCUAGCUGGUACCUCGAAGAUAUGACACCAAUGAUGUUCAUGAAGGCUAGCAGUAAUUCUCAUGGAUGGGUGGCCCCUCAAACUGUCGAGCAGCUUUGGAAAGAUACCUUCACAUAUCUCUACAGGGAAGAAAAGGAUUUCGUUUUCCCGUUAAGUAUCCAUCCAGACGUGGGCGGACGUCCCCAGGUAUUACUCAUGCUGGAACGGUUCAUCGAAUGGAUUAAUGCUCAUGACAACGUGAAGUGGGUUACGUUCCAUGAAAUGGCAGAAAGGUUUAGGGCGAAGAAUGAUCCUCCUCCGGGUGCUAUGAUGCCAAAGGGAUAUGUGAAACAUAAAGCACGGCUGUAGUAGAAUGGACCCCAAACGAUAGCUGGUCGUCAGGAAUCAUACUUACUGCUAUCUAGAUAAGCGGCCAAUAGGAGGUUUUCAAAAUAGGAUGUAACAUGUGCUAUCGUAUUUACCACUUCAAUGAAGAGAACA